AUGACAAAAUUUUAAAGUCAUUCUCAAUUUAAGAAGAAACUAUUCUUUAAUUUGAGUAUGAUAUUUAUAUAGUAAAUUAGUAUGAUAAAAUAUGGUUUUCUAAUAAUUAAUCACAAUAAAUCUUAUUUUUUUUUAGUUAAGAUCAAUAAUAAGUAAUUUUUUUUGAAGGAGAAAAUAAAAUUGAGCUAAAGCAUAUUGGUUUAAAUAAUAUUUUAUUAAUUACUAAUUAAUAAACUCCUAAAUAAGUCUUAAAAAUUGAUGAUUCACUAAUUAUUAAUUAUGGUACUUAUAUAGAAGUUCUAGAAAGAAUAGAUUUUAAAUAUAUUCUAAAUUUUGCUAUUGAUUACUUAAUAAUUGAACUACUCAAUUAUCCAUUUAUUUAUGGCUUUUAUGAAAAUUAAAUAAUUUUAUUUAAAAAAAACAUUCUUAAUCCACUUAUAUCAUGUAAUGAAUUGAUGAAAUAUAAUUAUAUUUAUUACACAACUAAUCAUUUGUUUAAAACUAAUGUACUUUUUAAAUCAGAAAUCAUUUCUGAAGAAUCUUAAAAUUAAAAUUGUUAGAUACUUAAUGCUCAAGUUUAUUUGAGAAAUACAACCUUUUAAUUAAAGAUAUACAAACAGUAGUCUACUGAUAGUUGUGUAUUUCCUAAUAUAUUAGAUUUUAACCAAAGUAAUCUUAAAUGCCAAAUAUAAUAACUUCAACAAGAAAAUAAUUGUCAGAAUCUUUAUAAUAGUAAUAUCAGAUGGUAAAAAUUCAAAUAUAAUAAAGAAUUAUAUAUUCUAUUUUAAAAAAAAUCUAAUGUAAAAUUAUACUUAAAAAAUUGUAAUAACAAUCUAUUGAUGGAACUUGGAAGAUAUGAAAAUUUUGAAGAAAAAAAUAUAUAUGAAUUUAAAAAUCAAUUUCUUCUUAUUUUUCAAUAAUAAACUAAGGUUUUAAUAAUUUAUUGUGAAUCCAUUAACUUUAAUUAAACAAUAAUAGAAUUUAAAGAACAAGUUAUAGAUAUCUUUUAUGAAAAUUAUUUCAUUCACCUAAUUACAAGCUCCUGUAGUAGCUAUAUUAUAAUAAGUAAACAUUCUUCACUUUUCUAAAAUAAUUAGUAUUUAUUAAGAGAUGGAGUAUGCAUUAAAAUGAAGUUUUUAAAUGGUUAUGCAAGUUAUAUUCAUGAUGGCUCAAUAGUUAUGAUGAAGAAUAAUAUUACUAAUAUAAUGAAAUUUCCAGAUGCCUCUGUUGUUAAUAUAUUUCAGAUAUAUACUUUUUAAGUUACCUAUAUUAUUCAUCUAAGAAAUUAGGAUGGUGAUCAUUUAAGUAAAUAUAUUUUUAUAAAUAACUAACUUAUAAAGUUAUAUGAUAUCCCAAAACUAAAUUUCUAAUUCACAUCACCUUUGAAUUAUAAAACAACUAAAUAUCUUUUAGUUGUGGCUGCAUAUACAAAUUCUGGUAUUAAUGUACUAUUAGUUUAUUAUUGUAAUAACAAUUAUUCAAAUAGUUUGAUUGAUAUUAUUUAAGUAGAUAACUUUAAUUUUUAUAUGUCUGAUGAAGAUUUAUUAAUUUAUAAUUUUAAUUAAGAAAUAAGAAUGGUCAAUAUUAAAUUUGAUAAAUAUAUUUGUGAAGUAAGUUUAUUCACUGAAUUUGUUAAAAAAAUAUCAAUUCCUUUGAUUUUGACUACAAAGUUUAAUAUCUCUCGAGAUUAUUUGUAAACAUUAAAUUUAAACUUUUAUAAUUUGAUUAAAAAUUUAUGGUAUAAAGAAUCUAUGACAAUACCUACUUUAUUGGAGGUACAAGAUUCAAUAUUCCCUUUAGACCCUAGAUUGUAUGUAAAUGGACCUAUUGAUUAUAUUGUUGCUAAUGAUUUAAUAAUAAUUGAUCCAAUUUAAAAGUAAGGGUAAAUUUCAAAAUUGA